AUUGGAAUGAGAAUGGAAUUGAAAAAUGUUGUGAAGGACAAGAAAUUUUGGAUGGCAUCUUUCAUCAUUGCUUGGGCUGCAGCUCUUCAGGGUCACAUGAUGUGGUUGCAGCGCCAGAAUUCAUUCAAAGAAAAAUUCGGUAACCCCCAAGAUCAUCCUCAAAACCCUAAUUAACUCACUGCUUCACUCUCUUAGAUCACACCUUCACUUCUAUUCUGUUUCUAUGCUUCAAUUUAUUUACAAUCUGAAUUAUGCAUAUGUUUAUCAAUCUGAAUUAUGCAUAUGUUGUACGUUUAUCGACUGUGAAACUACUGGAUAGCACAUUUUAAAACAGAAACGAUGAAAUCUAAAAGCAGACUAAAAUUAUUCUCAA